GCUUGGGUUCUGGGCAAAUUGGCUCGUCGCGCAGAUAAUCUGACUGUAACUUGGUUUACCACUGCGUUUCUUCUCAGUCAACGUAUGCUCACAUUCAUUCAGCACUUCCAAUACUACAUGGCUGUGAAAGUGAUCGAGCCCACAUGGCUUCAGUUUUUCAACCAAUUGAACAAGUUGUCAAAUCUUGACGCGUUAUUAGACGCACAUCUGCACUGCUUGGAAGUCUGUAUGGACAACUGCCUACUGACUAGUCCUGACCUGAUGAGCUUGUUUGGCAAACUGUGCGUGGUCUGUGUGCUGUUUGCCAAUUUCGUGCAACACGUGAUCGCUUCAUCCACCGACGGUUUGAACUUUGGUGCCAUGUCCGGGGCAGGAGACACACUGAGCAGACCACGUGAUUCCAGUCCGGCCAAUUCAUCUAUCUGGUCCGUGGAUGGUGUGCCUCGAGUGCGAUCUACCGCGCCCUCCACUGUGUCCGGGGAUACAGUUCUGACCAAAGUUACGCGUGAGGACUACGGGCGUCUGAGCUCCACAGAGGCGUUCGCGCAGAAAGUUAUUGACUUCGAUCAAAAAUUCAACGGGCUACUGGUCGAGUUUAUUGACAAGAUUCGUCACUACUCAAAAGAACGUGAAGAACUAACCAGUUUGGUUUCCAGGUUGGAUUUCAACGACUUCUACACUUUAUACUCGAACGCACCCACUGCUUCUGGAUUCAACGAUAACUUGGGCAUUUAUGCUGGUCCGACAGAGUCAUACGUGGAUCAGAGACAACAAUCGACAGACAUCGAUCCCACGGUCGCAGACUAUAUGCCUCGAAUCUCGAAGCCCCGAACACGCAAACCGGGUCCCGUGCCACCACCAGCAUCGCUCCCCCCGAGUUAUCCCACCUCAGAUGCGCAUUUCUCGGACGAUCCGGAGGAUGAUUAUAUUUAG